AUAACAUUCACAGUUCUUCCCGAAGCUGUGUUCCCUGUCGAGCUGUGCUGGAUCUGCCAAGCAGAUUCCAACAGCGCAGCUCCAUUACGUCGAUACAAUUGCUUCCACCAACUCCUAAAGCAAAUCCACCACGCCACCACCAUCCUGCUAUCUAUCUUUUCGCUAGCUCCACUUUAUUGCCUUAUCUCCAGUCGUUGCCACGCAGUAGCACUCAGCCAAAACAUGGAUUCCACCGUGAGAGUUCUUCCCCUUCGGUGUCGCCACCUUGUCCUCCUCUUCUCAGCUCUGUUGGCGGCUGCGGCGGCGGCGGCGGCGGCGGCCAACGUUCCGGCGGUCUACAUCUUCGGCGACUCCACGGCCGACGUCGGCAACAACAACUACUUGGCCGGGAGCAACGCCAAGGCCAACUUCCCCCACAAUGGCAUCGACUUCCCCAACUCCAGGCCCACCGGGAGGUUCAGCAAUGGCUACAACGGAGUCGACUUCUUAGCUUCCCACAUGGGCUUCAGGAGGAGCCCUCCACCUUACCUUUCCCUCGCAAACAAGACCAAUCACCAAGUCCUCAAAGGUUUGGCAGGUGCAAAUUUUGCUUCUGGAGGAUCAGGAAUUCUCGACUCAACUGGGAGCACCAUCACCAUGACAAAACAAAUACAAUACUUCUCCAUACUGCAAACGAGUAUUAUGACAUACAUUGCCACUGACCGCACUUACCAGUUGCUCUCCAAGUCCAUCUUCCUCAUCAGCUCUGGAGGGAAUGACAUAUUUGCCUUCUUCACCAAAAACAACACCCCGAACAGAACUGAGAUCGACUCCUUUAUUGCUACUCUUGCCUCAACUUAUGAGUCUCAUAUAAAGGCACUAUAUGGUCUUGGAGCAAGGAAAUUUGGGAUAGUCGAUGUAGCUCCUAUUGGAUGUUGCCCAUAUACAAGAAGCCUACACCCAGCAGGUGCUUGCAUCGACAUUUUGAAUGAAUUGGCUCUGGGUUUCAACACUGCUCUGAAAUCACAGAUGCAGAGUCUAAGUUCCCAAUUGCAAGGGAUGAAAUACUCCAUCGGUAGUUCUUACGCUGUCGUCUGGGGGAUCAUCAGAGACCCUAAUGCCCUUGGUUACAAGGAAGUGAAGAGUGCAUGCUGUGGAGCAGGGAAAUUGAAUGGGCAAUCAGGGUGCAUUCCUAAUGCAACCUAUUGCUCCGAGCGGCAUCUCUACCUGUUCUGGGACUUGCUGCAUCCGACACAUGCGAUCUCAAAGCUAGCAGGAGUGGCCAUUUACCAGGGCUCGCAACAGUUUGCUACUCCCAUCAACUUCAAGCAGUUAGUGGAACAGAAUUAAGACGACGGCAACGCGCCUUGCGUUUCUAUUAGGAGUUGAAAAACUGACUGGGUUGAUGAGCCUUGCCCUUUGCUUGGCUUCUGUAGUGCUACCUCCCCGACGAUAUUUGCGUGUUAGUUUAAUGUACCGAGAAUUCUAUAGCAGAAAUGCCCCUCUUUAUUA